CGGCAGCCCUGGCAGGCUUUCAUAACCAAGCAGCUGCUGGUUUCGUUAAUUUAUUUGAUAAUUAACAUAAUUGUUAAAUAAAAUGAACACAUUGCGCCUAUUACAGCCGGUGCAGCUCAGCCUGAGGCUUGAGCGCAGCUAUGGCAAGCACAACAAAAAGUUCCUGUACAAAGAUGGCAAAAAAUACGAGAAUAUUAUUUACUAUCCCAGAACGCCCGACCAUCAAGAUCCACCAAUCGAACCGGCCAAGCUAUUUCGCGUGCAGCGCAUCAAGCCCGUCAAGGGCAAUCCCUACUGGGAGAAGCGCCUACUCAAAGACUUGGGUUUGGACGGCAAGCAAAGCGAUUUCACCGUGGUUAAAAAUAUUCCCGAAAAUAAUGCCCGGCUAUGGAAGAUAAAGCACUUGAUCAAAGUCUCCCCAGUGACAUUCCCCUACGGCGAACCAACUAAACAGGACAUCAAGCACACGAUACUCAAAGAGAACGGCGAGUGCCUGGUGACCAAGCAAAUCGGAGCAGUGGAACAGCGCAGCGAGGCACGCGCGGAAUUCGAUCAACAGCCCAAACGAUUGGACACGGACCUGCUGCGAAAGGAUGCGCGACUCAAGUGGCUAAAUCCCUGGUAACAAUAGGUUCAUUGAAAUGUAAUAAUAUGUAAAAGAUGAAAGUUAUUAAACGCGCGGGAAGUAAGUCGAGUUCA